UCUGACAGAUCUCCGUAGUUUGUUGGAGGGCCGUAUGUGGAAGACCCGGCGAGAUUUACUUUUAAUCGAGCAAAAUUCGUUCUAUAGUUAGAUGUAAAUUUCUCCCUGCCCUGCCUUCCACGCGAAUAACCGCUUACACCAGCUUGUAUUCUUUUUCCACGGAAAUCGCGCAAAGCGCCAAAAAUAAACGCGGAAUUGCCGGACCGCUUGAAUGUGACUUGAAUGCUCAGGAAUUGUCGCGUCAUGUCGUCCCUUGUACAAAUAGACGGUAGUUUGGGUGAAGGGGGUGGACAAGUAUUAAGGAUUGCUCUCUGUUUGAGUACACUUUAUGGUAUUCCGAUUGAAAUUGAAAAUAUACGUGCUGGAAGACCCAAGCCUGGUCUUGCAGCACAACAUUUGAAAGGUGUGGAACUCGCUAAAGAGAUGUGUAAUGCCCAAGUUAGAGGUGGAUAUGUAGGAUCAACACAUUUAGAGUUCUGUCCUGGUCCAUUAAAUACAAACAAGCGAGAGUUUGUAGCGGAUACGCAUACCGCUGGAUGUAUUUGCUUAUUGGCCCAAGUAGCUUUACCAUGUGCACUCUUCUUUCCAUGCAAUGAUAUAAUCACGCUUGUUCUCAAGGGUGGCACAAAUGUUCCCAUGGGUCCACACAUUGAAUAUUUGACAGAAGUAUUUAAGCCAUUGCUAAAUAAAUUUGGAGCGGAUUUUGAUUUUAUUGUUGUGAGAAGGGGGUAUUAUCCAAAGGGAGGAGGCGAAGUGCAUUUACGCAUAAAACCAGUUGGUAGCUUAAAUGCGAUUACUUUACUCGAUCCGGGAAUUCCCCGAGGAAUAACAGGAUGGUCUUACGUAGCUGGAGCAGUUCAUAUAAAUGAAGCGCAUAAAAUGGCAAACGAGGCUAAGACGGUUUUAACAAAUAAAUUGGUAAGAAACAAUGUUAAAGUACCACCAAUCACGAUUGAAGCUUACAGAGAAGACAGAGCAAUGGCUGUGGGCAAUGGUUCUGGUAUCAAUAUAGUAUGCAGCACUAGUACUGGAUGUAUUUUCGGCGGUUCCGGCUUAGGCUCCGGACGUCACGAGACGUUGCUGCCAGGUGAAACGGCGGCUAAAGAGAUUCUGAAGCCGCUUUUAAUAGGAGCAUGUGUCGAUGAACAUACGCAGGAUCAGAUGAUAAUUCUAAUGGCAUUAGCGAAAGGUAUUUCGAAAAUUAAAGUCGGAGAUAAGAAACUCACUUGUCAUACGGAGACCGCUAUGCAAAUCGCAGAAAUGAUGUUAGGUAAACAUGGACUCGUUUUUAAUUUGUCGGAAAGUGCUGGAGGCGGAGAUACUUCGUCCUAUGUUCUAGAGUGCCAGGGAUGUGGACUGAUUAAUGAGAAUGUAAUUAAAGAAUGACCAUACAACGCUUUA